AUGAGGAUCAUAAACAAAGCACCUUCCCUGGCAUUGAACCAAUCAAAGACCCUAGAGACCAGCAAACACCUCCUCCCUCCGGCAAUCCUGGGUUGGCUUUGGUUGUACCGGGACCGCUCAGGCGUCCCUCCGCUUCCAGCGUGGGCUCCAUCGUUGACGGUGGGGCAGCGUCGCCUAAUGUUGGGCCUGCGUGUCCCUGCGCUUGGCGGGAUAGUGUCGCUUCACCUCCUCCAAAAACAUUAUCUGCAGCCAACACCGGUGCCCAUUCCCAGCCGGCAGCUCGCUCCUCCUGUCAGGUCAAAUGCAUUAGAUUUGCAGCAGGUUUUGGCCCGUCCAUCCCCGUUCCCAUCCUUCCACUGCACCAGUAUUGGCUCUAAUACACACGGAUUCGCCUCCACUCCAUCUUUACAGCAAGACACUUUGAAUGGUCGGGAUUCAGGAAAGAGGAUUCAGAGGCCUACUGAGGGCCAGCAACAGCGAGAAUGUACAGCCCUAGGCUGGCGUUGGCAUGAUGAGUCUGAGAAGAACUACACCCAUUGUUUCCUCUCGGAGGUGGGCAACACCACCACUUUCAGGCAGUCCAAGUCAGAUGGUUUGACCGUACUAAAUGCUGUAUAUGGUGAAGAGUUAAUCGGAGAGCCCAUGAAAUUGAAGGUUUUUUGGAGCAGGCCCGUCAUCGAGCAGGUGUUGAUUUGGAACAAUAUAUUAGUGGCAGGAUUAUGGCCAGUGCUUAUUGCCACUUCUCUCAAGGAGACGGAAGAUAUGCAAUCCAAAUCACGAUGGCUGCAGUCCUUACGACCUGACCGUGGCUAUCUUAUCCUGUCUGGUCGUCUUAUCCUGUCUGGUCGUCUUAUCCUGUCUGGUCAAAUGCGGCUGCGAAAAAAAUUUCCGACGAAUACGAACAAUUGCCCUGGUAUUCCGAUCGAUUGA